AUGGCCCCUUCCAGCUCCAAGGAGAAGCGUCUCGCCAAGAAGGCCGCCGAGGGCAAGAUCAAGGGUCCCAAGGCCAGCAAGCUUCUUAAGAAGACCGAGGAAGUCGAACUCGAUGCCCACGGCAACCCCAUCGUCGACGAUGCCCCGGCCACCUCUGGCGAAAAGCUGGACGAGGUCAAGCGUCUGACCGACCAGAUGGACAAGCACGGCAUUUCCGACCGCGUCACCACCGGUGUCCUGUCCUCCACCUUCACCAGCAAGGACGUCAAGAUCACCAGCACCAGCUUGGUCUUCCACGGCCGUGUCCUCAUCACCGACUCCACCCUCGAGCUGUCCUACGGCAAGCGAUACGGUCUGCUCGGUGAGAACGGUUGCGGAAAGAGUACCUUCCUCAAGGCCAUUGCUGCCCGCGAGUACCCCAUCCCCGAACAUCUCGACAUCUACCUUCUCAACGAGGGUGCCCCUCCCAGCGACCUCGGUGCCCUUGAGUGGGUUGUCAAGGAGGCUGAGACGGAGUUGAAGCGUCUCGACGCCUUGGCCGAGAAGCUGCUUGAGGAUGAGGGCCCUGAGAGCCCUGUCCUCAUGGACCUUUACGAUCACAUGGACAAGAUGGACCCUUCCACCUUCGCUACCCGUGCCUCGCUGAUCCUGACGGGUCUCGGCUUCAACAAGAAGACUAUUCACAAGAAGACCAAGGACAUGUCCGGUGGAUGGAGAAUGCGAGUUGCUCUCGCCAAGGCCCUCUUCGUCAAGCCUUCGCUUCUCCUCCUUGAUGACCCUACUGCCCAUUUGGACCUCGAGGCCUGUGUGUGGCUCGAGGAGUACAUGAAGAAGUGGGAUCGAACCCUCGUCCUCGUCUCUCACUCCAUGGAUUUCCUCAACGGUGUGUGCAACAGCAUGAUUGACAUGCGUGGAAAGCAGCUCCUGUACUACGGAGGAAACUACGACUCUUACCACAAGACUCGCUCCGAGCAGGAGACCAACCAGAUGAAGGCCUACCAGAAGCAGCAAGAUGAAAUCGUGCACAUCAAGAAGUUCAUUGCCAGCGCCGGUACCUACGCCAAUCUUGUCCGACAGGCCAAGUCCCGUCAGAAGAUUCUCGACAAGAUGGAGGCCGAUGGCUUCAUCCAGCCCGUCGUUGAGGACCGAGUCUUUUCCUUCCGAUUCGCCGACGUCGACAAGCUGCCCCCGCCCGUGUUGUCAUUCGACAACGUCACCUUCUCUUACUCUGGCAAGACUGAGGAAGACCUGUACCGCAACCUGGACCUCGGUUUCGACAUGGACUCCCGAACAGCCCUGGUCGGCCCCAACGGUGUCGGCAAGUCCACCCUGCUCCGCCUCAUGACUGGCAAGCUGUCUCCCACUGGCGGUUCCGUCACCCGCCACACUCACUUGAAGCUUGGUCUUUACUCUCAGCACAGUGCUGAGCAGCUUGACCUGACCAAGUCCGCCCUGGACUUCGUCCGUGACAAGUACUCCUCCAAGUCCCAAGACUACCAGUACUGGCGCCAACAGCUUGGCAAGUACGGUCUCAGUGGUGACUCCCAGACUGCCCUGAUGGGUACCCUGUCUGAGGGCCAGAAGUCGCGUAUUGUAUUUGCCUUGUUGGCUAUUGAGAGCCCCAACAUGCUGUUGCUGGACGAGCCUACCAACGGUCUCGAUAUCCCCACCAUCGACAGUCUAGCGGAUGCCAUCAACGCCUUUAGCGGAGGUGUCGUUGUCGUGUCUCACGACUUCCGAUUGCUCGACAAGAUUGCCAAGCAAAUUCUGGUGUGCGAGAACCAGACUAUUCGUCUCUGGGACGGUCCCAUCGCCGGUUACAAGGACUACCUGCGCAAGAAGAUGAUCUCUGCCGGUGCCGUCUAA